AUGAAAACCCAUACAGCAAAGAAGACGAAGUCUCCUAAGAAAAAAACAAAAAUUUCCGCCAAAGAGAAAAAGCUUAUUGAAAAGCAAGCUAAAGCAAAAGAGAGGGCGGAAAAAAAAGCUAAAAAACUUGAGCAAAAAUUGAAGAAGGCUUCAAAGAAAACCCCUAAAACAGCUAAAAAGGUUGAGAUUAUUAAAGCUCCACAAGUAAAAUUCGCUCGAAUCUCAGAAAUUAAUGAAGAAACAAAAGAAAAAUCCAAAGAAUACUGUCUUCCGAAAUGGGAAAACGAGGUCAUGUCUUCAAGGAAGCAAUUUUAUAACUCCUUUACAGGCUUUGUCAUAAAUUUUUUACGAAUUAAUGGUCCAACCGAUGUCCAAGAUAUUUGUUUAGCAAUUGAUGAAGUCUAUCCUAAGCUGCGAAGCUUAAGAGGAGAGCGAUAUAAAGGAAAUGAUAUGAUUAAAGCAAUAAGGGCUCUUGCUGGCUUUAAAGUAUGUAAAGUUGAAGAUGAUAUAUGGUCAUUGAGAGUAUAUUUUAUAUAGGAACCUCAAGCAACCCAAUACGAAUGCAGAAAAAUCGCUAUUUUAGAACAUAGAAGAUAUUUAAUGAGGACAAAUGCACUGAUGAGGCCUGAUAUGUACUCGAAAAUUCUUAAAAAAAUGCAGCAAAUUGAAUCAUAUAGAAGGGAGAUUGCUAGCGACCAUAUUUUCAAAGGGAUCUUUGAAAAGCCUUUUCAUGUAAGAAAUACAUAGACACUGAGAGGGAAUGAAUCAAUGCCUGAAGCGAUAAGAAAAAUUGGCCAUGAGCGCUUUAUUGGCUUUGUCCAAGGAUAUGUCCUAACUGAAGUAUACUGUAAAAAUUAUGUAGACGACCAAUUAAAAAAAAUGAAAUGGAGAAGACAGGCGAUUGAUGACAGAAUGGAAGUUCUUUUGCAAAAUAUUUUGCAAAGAUUGAACAGCAUUGAAGCGAAUGUGGAACUUCCAACUGAGAGAAUGAGAAGAGAAUACAAAUCUUUCAAGCUUGAUUUGAUGGAAGAAGGUGUUAUAGUGGUGAAAGCAGGCACUGAGAAACCGUCGGAAGGGGGAGAGGAUGAUUAA